AUGCAGAACCUAGGCAAAGUUAUAACUGAGCAGCUGCGUAAUCCAAAUGAGUUGGAUAUUAAUCUCAAGAUGGAGUUUGGACCUUUUGAAACGGUCAAUAAGUGGAAACGUAUGACUGAAUGCUUUCAAUUUGUUGGAGCCAGGAGGAGUAAACACACAGCUGUGGCCUACAAAAACGCCAUAUAUGUGUUUGGUGGUGACAAUGGUAAAUCUAUGCUAAAUGACUUGAUACGGUUUGACAUAAAAGAGAUGUCGUGGACGAAGACUGGCUUUAUGGGAGUUCCGCCGGCUCCGCGGUAUCAUCAUUCUGCUGUGGUACAUCGUUCGUCUAUGUUUGUGUUUGGUGGCUACACAGGAGAUAUCCUCGCAAAUUCCAAUCUGACAAAUAAGAAUGAUCUCUUCGAGUACAAGUUUUCAAGUGCACAAUGGGUGCAAUGGAAAUUCACAGGCCAGGAGCCAGUACCUCGAUCCGCGCAUGGAGCCGCGGUCUACGAUGACAAACUGUGGAUAUUCGCAGGGUACGAUGGCAACGCGAGACUUAACGAUAUGUGGACUACUAAUUUAUUGGGCGAGACUCACCAAUGGGAGCGCGUAGAACAAAAGGGGCAAUGUCCUCCAACUUGUUGCAACUUUCCCGUAGCUGUGGCCCGCGGCAAAAUGUACGUGUUCAGUGGACAGAGCGGCGCCAAGAUCACCAACGCGCUUUUCCAGUUCGACUUUGAGACCCACACGUGGAGCCGCGUGUGCACGGAGCACCUGCUGCGUAGCGCGGGCGGCGCGCCGGCGCGGCGCUACGGCCACGUCAUGGUGGCGCACCGCUCGCACCUCUACGUGUUCGGUGGCGCCGCAGACAAUACGCUGCCCAACGACCUGCACUGCUACGACCUCGACACGCAGAUAUGGUCCGUGGUGCAGGGAGCCAGCGACUCGCAGGUGCCGUCGGGGCGUCUGUUCCACGCGGGCGCGGUGGUGGACGACGCGCUGUACAUCUUCGGUGGCACCGUCGACAAUAACGUGCGCAGCGGGGAACUCUUCCGGUUUCAGUUAUCGAACUACCCUCGGUGUACAUUACACGAUGACUUCGGACGCAUUUUGAAAUCCCAUCAGUUCUGCGAUAUACAGAUUCUAGUGGGACCUGAACAAACAUCCAUUUUAGCACACCAGGCUAUCCUGGCGGCUAGAUCGCAGUACUUAAGAGCUAAGAUAAAAGAAGCCCGCGAAGAGCAACUGAAGCGUAUUGCUGCUGGCGAAGAGAACGCUUCUGAAGUGUACUCGUACACAGCGACUCCUCAACUCACCGUGUUACUGCCUGAAGCCACCCCGGAAGCCUUCAAUAUGGUGCUUAACUACAUAUACAUGGAUAGAAUUGACCCGACUGAGAAAGACGAAGAUCCGGCUUCUCCAGCCACAGUUCUACUAGUUCUGGAAGUACUACGACUAGCUCUCCGAUUGAACAUUCCGCGUCUACGAGGCUUGUGUGCGCGGUACCUACGCGCUAACCUGUGCUACGGCAACGUGCUACAUGCGCUACACGCCGCACAUCACGCUAAUCUCAACUGUAUUAAAGAGUACUGUCUCAGGUUCGUGGUGAAGGACUACAAUUUCACUCCAAUAGUGAUGUCUCGCGAAUUUGAAGAAAUGGAAAAAAGUUUGAUGGUUGAGGUGAUCAGACGUCGGCAGCAACCACCUCCUAAACAAGCUAGCGCUGCAGCACAGCAUGAGUGCGACGAAGAAAUAAUAGGCACGACCCUGGAGCAGGACAUGUGCGUGCUGCUGUCGGGCGGCGCGGAGCUGUCGGACGUGCGCCUGCGCGUGGGCGGCGCGCUGCGGCCCGCGCACCGCUCCGUGCUGGCCGCCCGCGCCGCCUACUUCGAGGCCAUGUUCCGCUCCUUCUCGCCGCAGGACAACAUCGUCAACAUCCAAAUAUGCGACACGGUGCCCUCGGAGGAGGCGUUCGAUUCCCUGCUACGGUACAUAUACUACGGUGAUACCAACAUGCCUACCGAAGACUCGCUAUAUUUAUUUCAAGCGCCUAUUUACUAUGGAUUCACAAACAAUCGCCUGCAAGUAUUCUGCAAACACAAUCUGCAGAGUAACGUGACGCCGGAGAACGUGCUCGCUAUACUGCAGGCCGCGGACCGCAUGCGAGCCUCCGACAUCAAAGAGUACGCGCUCAGGAUGAUCGCGCACAACUUUGGCGUCGUGGCGCGGCAGGACGCGAUCAAGAACUUGGCGCAGGCGCUGCUGGUGGACAUCAUCCGCGCCAUGGCCGAGCAGCCGCCGCCCGACGCGCCGCUGCUCCCGGCGCAGCCGCGCUCGCUGCCCUCCUCCUCCUCCGCCGACACGCUCACCGACGAGCCCGACGUGCCGCGCCACAGCCGCGCUCGCUGCCCUCCUCCUCCUCCGCCGACACGCUCACCGACGAGCCCGACGUGCCGCGCCACAGGUAAGUCACUAGCGCAGCCGCGCUCGCUGCCCUCCUCCUCCUCCGCCGACACGCUCACCGACGAGCCCGACGUGCCGCGCCACAGCCGCGCUCGCUGCCCUCCUCCUCCUCCGCCGACACGCUCACCGACGAGCCCGACGUGCCGCGCCACAGGUAAGUCACUAGCGCAGCCGCGCUCGCUGCCCUCCUCCUCCUCCGCCGACACGCUCACCGACGAGCCCGACGUGCCGCGCCACAGGUGUGGAAAGUCAUAA